AGCUCCGCCGCUCAGCUCAAGGGAACUAGGAAAAGCGUUGUGCCUCGCAAUAGUCGACUGCCAUGGCUGAUGGACAGGAGUUCAACCGUGAGGAUAUUCCUGAUGUCAUGGAGGACCAGGAGCCAGAAGAAGAAGAAGAUGGGGAAGACCUUUUUGGCGACAACAUGAUGGAGGACUAUCGUGAGGACCCGCGCUUGGAUGCCUAUGACCCGGAGCUGAUUGACGAUGAAGCUCAUGAGCCUAUGAGCAUGCAGACCCGCCUUGCAGCGGAGCGGGAGAUGGCGGACCGCGACCGCCGUGAGGGCCGUGCCCACCCGCCCUCGCCGCCGGAGGGCAGCCCGCCGCGCAGUCCGCGUGGCGCCAAGUUCCCAGGGACACCAGCUUUCAGCAAGCGCUUGAAUGCUGGUUUGCAGGCGAGCCCCAGCAGCGUGGGCGACUCGGAGGAUGCCACCAGCACCCGGAAGCGGCGCCGGGUGAGUGAUCCCUUUGGGGCCUCAGAAGAGAUGGAUGAAGAGGAGGAUGUGCCCGAAAAAGAUUAUGACCUCCUCCACGAGCGCUUAUCACAGGGCUCUGACAUCGAGAAGCGACAACGGGACAAGAUCAAGCUUUGCUUUCGGCAGUUCCUGUUGAAGUACGUCCCCGACGGCCAGAGCGUUCCCAAAUAUCCGGACGUGCUGCGGAAGAUGGCGGAGGAACACCAGGCGCAUUUGGAGGUGAGUUAUACAGAUCUCCAAAAAUGGAGCGGUCAACUUGCCAUGUGGAUCUCAGACUUCCCACAUCAUAUCCUGCCCAUGCUGAACGAGACACUGAUGCUCCUGGCGGCUCAGAAGUUCAAGACCUAUGAGAAGUUAAGCGAGGCAGGUGAGAAUGAGCUCCGAGUGGCUGUCAGCGCCUUUCCCAUCAAGGACCCCAUCCGGAGCUUGGCCACUCGGCACACCAACAAGUUGGUGAAUGUAUCCGGAGUGGUCACCAAGCGAACUACGGUUCACAAUCAGGUGCGCCGCUUGUGGGUGCGUUGCGCCAAGUGCAAUCUGAAAGCUGGACCUUUCGAUGUGGCCGAAGAGAAGGACCUGAGGCCCUCGAGAUGCUUGGAGUGCACCUCAAAAGGGCCGUGGCGAGUAGACCGGCAGAGCACCAUCUAUCAGAACCAUCAGACGAUCACCCUGCAGGAGAGCCCCAGCUCGGUGGAUGCCGGGAAGAUGCCACGCUCCCGGGAGGUCGUGUUGACGGGCGACUUGGUCGACACGGUCCGCCCCGGAGAUGAACUGGAUCUCAUUGGCAUCUACCGCUGCCUGCACGACUCGGCGACCAACGCACGGACCUGCUUCCCAGUGUACCGCACGGACAUCCAAGCAGUGCACAUCAACCGGAAGGGAGACUUGAAGCUCAUCCAGAUCAGCGAUGAUCAGCAGAAGAUGAUUUUGGAUUUGGCCAAGAGUCCUCAGAUCCGGGAGCGUUUUAUCUCCUCCAUGGCGCCCUCGAUCUACGGCAUGUGGCACGUGAAGACAGCCAUUGCCUUGAGCAUCAUGGGAGGGCAGCCCAAGCAAGCUGCUGGAAAGCAUCGGAUCCGGGGAGACAUCAACACACUGAUCGUUGGAGAUCCAGGCCUGGCGAAGUCGCAGUUCCUGAAAUACGUGGAGCAGACCUUCCCUCGUGCGGUCUACACCACGGGGAAGGGCGCCAGCGGCGUGGGUCUCACCGCAGCCGUGACGCGCGACGAGCACGGGCAUUUCUGCUUGGAGGGCGGCGCCAUGGUCCUGGCAGAUGAUGGCAUUUGCCUCAUUGAUGAGUUCGAUAAAAUGAACGACCAAGACCGGACCUCGUUGCACGAAGCGAUGGAGCAACAGUCGAUCUCCAUCUCUAAAGCUGGGAUCGUCGCCACCUUGCAGGCUCGGUGCGCGGUGGUGGCGGUGGCGAAUCCCUUGGAAGGGAGGUACGAUCAGCAGAGGACCUUCUCGCAGAACGUGAACCUUUCGGAUCCCAUCCUCAGCCGCUUCGACGUGCUGUGCGUGCUCAGGGACGAGUCCGAUCCCGUCCAGGAUGAGAUGUUGGCGAAUCAUGUGGUUUGCAGCCACAUCCGCUCCCAUGCUGAUGCCACGGCGGAAGAGAAGAGCAAGAAGCCGAAGACCCAGCACACCUCGCACUUGCCACCAAUCAGUCAGGACCUGCUCAAGAAGUACAUCGUCUACGCGCGGCAGCGGGUGUUCCCCAAGAUGACGGACGUGGACGCUGAGAAGUUGGCGUCCUUCUAUUCGGAGAUGAGGGCCGAGGCCUUCCGCACAGGUGGAGCUCCGAUGACUGCACGUCACAUGGAUAGCUUGAUCCGCUUGGCAGAGGCCAACGCCCGCAUCGAGCUGCGACAUCAUGUGAACAGCAGGGACAUUGACAAUGCGAUUGCAGUGAUGUUGGAAUCUUUCAUUCAGAGCCAGAAGCACCAGGUGGCCGAAGAGCUGCGCAAGAAGUUUCGUCGCUAUUUGGCGCAGGGCCCGCUGGCCGAUCAGUUCAUGCAUUUGUUGGACCAGAUGUUCAAAGAGAAGAGCAUCAAGGCCCAGCUCAGCCGACGAGAUGUGGAGCUGGAGGAGGUCUUUGUGGAGAUGGCCGAGGUCAUUCGCGAGAUUGAGCAGGCCGACUUGAAGGUGCAAGAUGCAACUGCCUUCAUGCAGAGCCCGCGCUUCUUGCAGAACUUCCGGGUGGAGGGUGAGAAGAUGUUCCGGAUCAUUUAGACUGUGCCAGGUGUUCCGGAUAGACCCCGGGCCGCUUCCGGUUCUCACUUGGGGUGAUGGGAUGGACCACAGUGGGCUCGCUUUCAGUUGAAAGCAUUGAGCCGGCGCCCAGAUCGGUGACAUCAGCACCGGCGCCUUGGGCUAUGAAGUGGCCGUUUUGCUGGCCAGAUGUGCCUCUGUUUUAUGCUAUCCGCCACUCUUGGUUUUCAGGCUCUUCUUGCUGGGGACGAAAGCAUCAUGUUGAAGUCUUUCGUGUUGUUUUUUGUGGAGAGCCUGGGUUUGGGUGAGUGGCGUUUCCUUGUUCUCUUCAGAUGCCAACACCUCAUGGUGCCCAUCAGCAGGGUGAGAUGAUUGGGCGAGGUGGGAUGUGUCUGGUGAGGUUAGGAUCAACAAGCGAGCAA